UUAAGCUUGUAUGUUAGGGGGACAGAAUUCCAGGCACCAGGAACACUAGCCAAAAUGGGACAAGCCUCACACUUCCAGCAUGUCGUGUCUGUCUGCCCAUUUUCCUAGGUGUGCUUGCUUUUGGUACAGUAAGGUGCUCUGUGCUGUGGUGUACGCUUACCCUCUUGAGAGCAUAAUAAAACAACAGCAAACAAACCUGUUUUACAGUAAAUCUGAUGCCAAGAAGUGGAGGCCUUUUCUUCUAGCAAUGAACUCCGCAUCUCACCUGCCUUCCUUGAAUCUUACCCUAAAUGCCUCAGAGGACACUUCAGGACCAAAUGUCAACAAAUCUUCACCCUGUGAAGACAUGGGCAUUGCCGUGGAGAUGUUCCUAACUCUGAGUAUCAUCAGCCUCAUAGAGAACAUCCUGGUCAUUGGGGCCAUAGUGAAGAACAAAAACCUGCACUCACCUAUGUACUUCUUUGUGGGCAGCCUGGCAGUUGCAGACAUGCUGAUGAGCAUGUCUAACGCCUGGGAGACCAUCACCAUUUACUUGAUAAAUAAUAAGCAUCUGGUGAUAGCCGACACCUUUGUGCGUCAUAUUGACAACGUGUUUGACUCCAUGAUCUGCAUUUCCGUGGUGGCCUCCAUGUGCAGUUUGUUGGCCAUCGCAGUGGACAGGUAUAUCACCAUCUUCUACGCCUUGCGCUACCACUACAUCAUGACGGCACGGCGCUCCUGGGUGAUGAUCGCGUGCAUAUGGACCUUUUGCAUAAGCUGUGGCAUCGUUUUUAUCAUUUACUACGAAUCCAAGUACGUCAUCAUCUGCCUCAUCUCCAUGUUCUUCACCAUGCUGUUCUUCAUGGUGUCUCUCUACAUCCACAUGUUCCUCCUGGCCCGGAACCAUGUCAAGAGGAUAGCAGCCUCCCCCAGAUACAGUUCUGUGAGACAAAGGACCAGCAUGAAGGGUGCCAUUACCCUCACCAUACUACUGGGGAUUUUCAUUGUAUGCUGGUCUCCCUUCUUCCUACACCUUAUCUUAAUGAUUUCGUGCCCUCAGAACAUCUAUUGCUCUUGCUUUAUGUCUUACUUCAACAUGUACCUUAUACUCAUCAUGUGCAAUUCUGUGAUCGAUCCUCUGAUCUAUGCCCUCCGCAGCCAAGAGAUGCGGAGGACCUUAAAAGAGAUCAUUUGUUGUCAUGGCUUCAGACAAACUUGUAGGAUCCUUGGCAGCUAUUAAACACCUUCCCCUCUCUGGGCCUCUUGUCUCUCGGUCAAUUAGGUUUAGUCAGGGGAUGAGCAGGGUCUUGAAGAAUCCCAAAUG